ACAUCCCUGGAAAAUCUCGCUGCAUCAACUUUUCGGCGGAGUCGGGCACGUUCCUCCCGAGGGACUUCUCCCAUCGUCAUAUCUCCUUGUCGGGAACAUCGGGCCGGCGAACAACCAAAGAGGAUACUGGGACAUCCCGGGGGACACGCUGCUGUCAAGUCGAGAGCGAUCUGCAAACCUGGCUCAUCCUGCAUCAACCUCUGGGCGGGAUCAGGCGCAUUCCUUCCGAGAGGUCGUCGGGGACAUCAGGCCGGUGGACAUCCGAAGGCAUCCUUGGACAUCCUAGGGGACACACUGCAAUCGCGGCAAGGGCGAUCGGUGAACUUUCCGCAACCUAAUUGGUGGGUCCUAACAUCUUUCCCGCGAGGUCAUCGAUAGGCAACUCAUAGAUUUGGCAAACAUGCAUUCUCACUGUACUGCGAGGCGGCUGAAACUUGGAUAACAGCGGAUGUUGACGGUGUACAUCAACAGCAGCAUUGGGCAAUGACAUGACUACCAGGCGAUUUCUGAAUCAGCAUGAAUGCGUUGGACGGACGGUCACGGAAAACUCUUCUCGGCGUUUUGUUAUAUUUACCUAGGUUAAGAAAAUAACCCGGUGCUGGAUAAAAGAGCGUAUUUAUUUAUAUUUUGUUUCAGCUCGAUUUUUUUUAACGAGUACCGGGACGAAUCAGGUUAGGGCUGGGGCAGAGGGGCCUCAUGGUUCUUUUGGGAUGUUGUUAAAUGAACAGAAAAGCCAUGAAGUUCUUCAAACCAAAGCUCUGAUUGGAUUCCGGCAAAGAUUGUAGCCGCUUUAUUUAUAUUUUUUUUUUUCUGGAAAAAGUCAUAUUUUCUAUUACCAUUCGAUUAAUGUUUUUUUUAACGCUAGCCUUCUCUUAUUUAUGAUUUUUUUAAACUUCUUUUAUUUUACUAUUUUUUUACGACGAAACGCUGCAAUUUGCUGCGCAUGGGCCUUUGCUUCGAAAGGGAUGGUUAAAUUAUUAUUUUUUUACUAUUUUUUUUUAACGUAUGGUGGGAUGGUGUAAUAGAACGAGGCCAUAUCACUUACGUUUCUAGGGCCGCAUUCUAUUAUGCUUUCUAGCUCCUUCAGCCCGAAAGCCAUCACUUUCGGAGCGCAAGCUCGCGCGUGCAUUUCGGCGACCUCAGAGUAUCUACCUUGGAGCAUUAUGGUCAUCGCAAUGACAUCUUGGACGUCAUCGCUCUUCCGGAUGCUACCGA